AUGUCCGUACGACCGAGCGGACAGACAUUGCCUUCAGACAAGGCGGUCGCACCUUACCCAUCGAAUCGUCAAUUCGAUAAUGUUGAGGUCCCUCAUAAAACUUCGACGAAACCUGCCACUCAAGGCAAAGAGAUGAACGGCGACGCAAAAGGGGGUCUGAAAUCGGCGCUGAGCAAUAAUAUUGGGGAGCUUUUCGUAAAAAGACGUCGGCCGCGAUCCUCAGGGGAACCUUUGUUACAAGAUGGUCAUACUGAUGGCAGAGAUCACACUGCAUCCACAUCUCAAGACAAGCUGAGCAGUAUCGCAAAGGGUAAAAGAAAGACUACCAACGGUAAUGCAACAUCUCCAAAAGCUAGAGGCAGCUCCAGAAGACAGGACCGUCACACGCAAUCCUCAGGGAGCUCGCCGCUUGCUAGCGAGCUAAGGCCAAAUCAACCCGAUGAGAUCAACUCGCCAGACCAGCCGGACCCACAUAUCAGAAUACAGACCACAAACGCAAAUAAUUACGCUGCAAAUGCUGUGCAAAGCCGCGACGACGAUCAAUUCAAGGCGAGACCUGCCUCAAGAUAUGAUACAGACCCUACACAGAUUGUGAACCUAGCUUUGAGUUUGGGUGAGAGUCGGCGACGAAACUUCAACAGCGGUGGAUUUUUGGUGGCUGCGCCUGCUUCUUCGAAUCGACGGUUGACUUCUUAUGGGCAACCAACCCUUGCUUUACCAGACGUUACUACUGGCGGAAGCUUGCGGCAGCAUCUGUUGCACCAGCGCCAUGGCGGCCGAAAUAUUUCUACGCGGUCUGAUCGAUCUUCAUCAACUUUUGGGCGCCAUUCGCCGGGUAUAUCACAGAACAACGUGGGUGAACGAAAGUCCUCCUUCAUGUCAAAUCCGGUAUUAGAGCCAGGCAGUCCAUCCGCGUUCGAUGCAUCAGAUGCAACCUUUUCUCGUGCCGAAAAGGCAAAAGAAAGCUUUGAACUUAUGUACGAAUAUCGGAGACUCCUACCAUAUUUGCCCAACAUCAAUUCAGAUAUAUCUAGCAAGCAGUCCUAUCGCGAAGCCUCGGAAUCGGACUCUGUUUUUACUGAUGUUGGUAGGAAGUACAAUCCUCUGCAGUAUAUUCGCAACAGGAAGCUUCGACUACGCGAGCGUAGACCCUUGACUGCAGAGGCGGAUGGCUGGAAAGAUCUUAGCAAAGUGAGACCAUGGGUCGACUCAGCUAUCAGUGAACGGGAGGAUGGCAUAAGUCGUGUAGACGACCGAUAUCCACUGCCACCAUUUGAUUCGAGUCAUGCAAAGCUCGUAAUGACCGAUGAACUUCAAGACACAAAUACUGCACAAUCAAUCUCUCGACGGAAACAGCAUCCCGGGAGGCCUUACAAUGACUGGACAAUCUCUCCCUGGGAUCUACUGGCCGACACUUAUUGGGUGAAUCAAGAUGAUAAUAUCACGCAUAUUGAGGACUCUGCAGGCCGAAAGAUCUUCGAAGGGUAUGGAAUGAACGACAAGCCUUCCACAAGACUGAGUAAGGACUCAGUACGCAGCACUAAUUCUCAUGCAAGUUUCUCCAACGCGCAGCAAUCUCCCGAAAGUCGUCGCAUGUAUCCGCUGCCUAGCAAAAAUGAGCGCAGAGAGUACAAUAAGCAUCAAUUGAAGCCUUCUGACGUAAGCACUAUGACCUACGAUAGAGGACGCAAAUCAAAAUGGACUCGUGGAUUCACGCGUUCUCGGGAGCCAUCCUUGUCAGAAGAUUCAGAUUGGGAACAGAAAACUAAACCUAAACCGAAAGAUCACACGGAGCGAGAUCAUCUUGACAAUAUCGCUUUGGAAAAGCAGAUGAUGGAUAUGCUGGCCAGCGAAGAGGCAGAUGGCGUGCAACUUCCUGGAAGCCAGGAAAUGAGCCCUUCUUCGCAGCUUGGCUAUGAUACUCCUUCACUUGAGAAUUCUCCGCCAACUGAACACAAGACUCAAUCUUCGGGAAAACGCCCAAGCCUAUCACAGAGAAUGAAGACAGAUAUGCCUGUUGGAAGGCGUCCUUCAAGCCCAAGGACGAGUUUCGACGAUCAAUUACUCCGUCAUCGACGAGUGUCAUCCCAUGAGUUCGAUUCCACCGAACCCAACUCCCCUACCACAGAUAGCUUUGUUCCCAGCAUAGCGAUCAAUCUCUCACCGCCUACAAGUCCCAGUGAGAAUACUACAUCUCCUAAGCGCCCAUCGGGAACCAACUUAAGAUCCUUCAUGCGGCUUCGUCGUCCAGAUAGCCCUAGUAAUGCGAUCAGUGACUAUGAUUUUGGCGCGGAGUUGAAAGGCCCUUUGUCGGGCUCCAAGUCUAAUACUGCUCAAGAAAAUCAGGAUACCGAUCUACGAAAGGUUGCUACGACGAACAACUAUGCAGACGAUCGACUCUCUCCAAUCAAAUCAAGGAACAAGCCUUACUUACACGAAAGCAGAUCGCUCAGAAGUCUGAAGGAUUCGAAUGAGCCAGAGUCGAGAUUUCGAAACUUCUUGAAAGGAGGGAAGGUUGUGGAUAUGGUUGGCAAUCAAGUCUCGCGGGCGAGUGAUAUACUUCGACGCAAAGAAAAGGGCAGAGACCACUCGGCUCCUGCUUCGGCCACUAGGAGCCGCACAUCUACAGAAUCUGAUGCAGAUGACGCUGAUAUCUCAGCUUUGGAAAGCAGUACAAAUGACAUUUCGCGAGUUACCACGAACAACGAGAAUCUUGGUAGGUCUUCCCAGCCUUCGACCCGUGCAGAGAAGCCAAGAUACUUCAUGAACAACCUGCCGAGUUUCAAAUCUCCCAAUAAAGACGGCGAUCAAUCUCCCCAAUCUCCGAUGGCGUCUCCAACUCUCGAUCCCAUUCAGGUUCAACAGCAAGUACAUAGAGAACGAUCUCGGUCGAGUAGGUUUGACCGCCUGGCUCCUCCGAAGAUUGAUAUGCGGAGUGUAUCACCAUCCCCCUCGCAGUCGCGUGGUAGACGCCAGAACAGACCGUCCAAAACCAAUACUUCUCAGCCUAGUAGCACAAGUCGCUCUCGCGCACGCAUGACUUCUCAUGGGAGGCUCAAUGAUAUUCUCGGCAUUCCUGGCCAAGUCGGCUCUGGCGGACCUUCAAGUAACGUGAUAACAGGACUUGCUCGUUUCGAGGCCGAGCCACAACAAGGGACCAAGCACCGUCCCGCCAUUGAAGGAAAGCGCCAGUGGAGCAUCACUGACAGAGAGGUGACGGUGCAAUACGAAGCAGUCACGGACCAGAAUAUCGCACGUGUACGAGCAUUGCUUUUGUCAUCCGGUGUAAAAGCAAAUGAGAUUGCCCGGAAAGCAGAAGAGAUACCUGAUAACCCACCAAAAUUCUUGCAAGCCAUUGAAGAUGUCGUUGGCGUUCCGCCACAGCGCGUACCAAGAGCUCAGCAGCAUGUCAUUUCCGCCAGAUUGCUGCUCUCCUCAGUCGAAAAGACCAAUCGUCAAUUACACGAUGCUCAAACCCGCUUCUCUGACGUAACCUUCAAUGACUUGCACAGCCAGAUCGGUGAUAUUGACAAAAGGAUCAAUGCCAGCAUCACGCCCUUAGUCCGCAGCUGUGCUGAUGACGCAGACAAUUUCAGCACCGAGCUCACAACCACUCACACAUUAUCCCUAAAGGAAAUGAAUGAUCAGGUCGACCUGACGUUGCGGAGAAGAAGGCAAAGGUCGCGGUGGCUCCGCCGAGGCGGCUGGGCAAUGCUGGAAUGGAUGGUUCUUGGGACUAUGUGGAUGGUGUGGCUCAUCGUUAUGAUUGUGCAGCUGAUCAAGGGCACCAUCAGGGCCUUUUUGUGGGUGUUGAAGUGGCUCUUCUGGUUGUGA